CAGCAGCAGCACUCCUCCCCAGCAGCUCGGGGGGCUGGAGCCCUUCCUGGUGGGCACAGGAACGGAGCCAUGGCUGGCAGCGGGCAGCUGGAGCGCUGCCUCAAUGAGGCCACUGACCCGAGUGUCUCUGAGGAAAACUGGGAAUGCAUCCAGCGGUUCUGUGACCAGGUGAACGCUGACACGGAGGGCCCGUGGUUUGCGCUGAGGCUGCUGGCACACAAAAUCCAGUCCCCUCAGGAGGGGGAAGCUCUGCACGCUCUCACAGUGCUGGAGACCUGUGUGAACAACUGUGGUGACAGAUUUCACAGUGAAAUGGCGAAAUUCAGGUUUCUGAAUGAGCUGAUUAAAGUGCUUUCCCCAAAGUACUAUGGAAUUUGGUCUUCAGAAAAAGUCAAGUCGAGGGUCACAGAAGUGAUAUUCAGUUGGACAGUCUGGUUUCCUCAGGAAGUCAAAAUCCAGGAUGCUUAUCAGAUGCUGAAGAAACAAGGGAUUGUAAAAGAAGAUCCCAAACUGCCAGAAGACAAAAUUUUACCUCCCCCUUCUCCAAGACCUCAGAAUUCUAUUUUUGACACAGAUGAAGAGAAGUCCAAGGAGCUGGCCAGGCUCCUGAAGAGCAGCCACCCCGAGGACCUGCAGGCAGCCAACCGCCUGAUCCAGAGCGUGGUGAAAGAGGAGCAAGAGAAGACAGCUCAGGUGUCCCGGAGAGUGAACACCAUCAGUGAGGUUUCUGAGAAUGUCAAACGUAUGGAUGAGUUACUGCAGAGCUGCAGGAGAGGUGAAUUAUCCCCAGCUGAGCAGGAGACCCUGCAGGCUGUGUGGCAGCGCUGUGAGAAGCUCAGGCCGCUGCUCUUCCGCCUGGCCAGCGAGGCAGUGGCUGACGAGGAGGCUCUAGCUGAGAUCCUGCAGGCCAGUGACGAGCUCUCGCGGGCGCUGGGGCAGUCCAGGCAGCUUGUGGCCAGCCAGGAGGAGGGGGAUGGAGCAGGUUCAGCUGCCAGCUCUGCCCGUGCACCAGCGUGCCGAGCAGCCCCGCGGCGCACCAAGAGCUACACCCUGAUGGACUUCUCCGAGCUGGAGGCCGCGGCCCAGGGCCCCCCAGAGCCCUCUGCAGACACAGCCUCAGCCCCCUGCCACGGCAGCACAGCCUCCAGCUGCCUGCUCCAGGAGGAGCUGCAGUCCUUAGGUCUCAGCAGCUCCCCUGUCACACAGAAACCACCCCCUGAUUUUGGCCUAGCAGAGCCUGCUGUACACAAUGGAUUUAGGGAAGGUGUUAGUGCUGUUCAAACCCUGGGACCACAGGAGGGCUGGGAAGACAGCUGUGCAGGGAAGAGUGAAUUCCAGAGCCUGGCUGAGCAGCUCUCUCCACCAUCCAGGACCAAGACAUUCUCUUUGGAUUUAUCACCAAUGACAUUGCCCUUCCCAGAUGUUCCAAGUAACUCAGUGGCAGAUCCUCCACUCCUCAGUCCAGGCUAUGAUCUGAAGCCUGCUGCCUCUUUGCAUCCAGCUUCCUGUGAUGCUUCUCUAGAAACCCUUUUUGUGCCUUUAGUUUCAGUUACACCAAGCACUAUCUGCCCACUCACUGUGUAUGACAGGAAUGGUUUCAAGGCCAUGCUCCACUUCUCCAGAGACCCGGCUCCCGGCCGACCAGACGUGCUGGUGAUGGUCCUGUCCAUGCUGAGCACCUCAGCACACCCCGUUAGGGACAUAGUGUUCCAGGCUGCAGUCCCAAAGACCAUGCAAAUAAAACUACAACCAGCCUCUGGCUGUGAGCUGCCAGCCUUCAGCCCUCUCCUCCCGCCCGCAGUGCUGUCCCAGGUGCUGCUGCUCGCCAACCCACACAAGGUGCUGCUGCUGGGCACUGGGAGUGAUCCCAUCCGCCUGAGGUACAAACUGACGUUCACGCAGGGCGGGCAGCCGUGCCGUGAGGUGGGAGAGGUGACUGGCUUUCCAGAAGCAGAGCUCUGGGGCAGGAGCUGAAGUCCAGCUGGCUCGGACGCUGCUGUGUUCUGGGGAGCGACUGGGGCGCAGCAGUGCUCCGUGAGGGCACCUUUCCUGGGGCUCUGCCACCUCCUUCUCCUUUCGUGCCCGGCAGGAGGAGCGUGGGCUGGCUGCUUCUGCCACAGCCUUUCCUGUAGCUGAGCCUGCUUUCCAGGAGCCUGCUGGAGAGCACUGCAGCUUCUGCCAUGCACACCUUCCCUGCUGCUUCUGGCCCAUCUCCCCUUUACUUUUCAAUUAAAAAAGAAAAAACCCAACAAAGUGAA